AAAAAAAAAAAAUUCGAACUGUGUUUUGUUUCCUCUCUAACGGCUACAUUCUGUGACUUGUUAUUGUUUUUUGCUUUCUCUCCAUCUCUCUCGCUUCCUUGCCCUAAAUCUUCCCCCCCUUUCUCUCCCUUUUUCCUUUCUGUCCAAAGGAAAGAAAUAUGAAGCAUUUCAUGUUACCAAGAAACACGAUCUUGAGAGAGCCGAUGGAGAACACCCCUUCUUCCCCAAACCCUACCCCUUCUAAAUCCAAACGUAAACACCCUAAACCCUCCAAAGAAAACGCUCCGCCGCCCGAUCCCAACUCCCAACCUUCCCCCGCCUCAACCGCCAAGUUCAAGUCUCAGUUGCCUCCUCGCCCGCCCUCCUCCAACCCUCUCAAGCGCAAACUUUAUACCGAAACCCUCCCCGACAAUGCCUCCCUCUCUGGAAUUUCCGAUUCCGGUGUCAAGGUGGUUGUACGGAUGCGGCCACCAAUUAAAGAAGAGGAAGAAGGGGACACGAUUGUUCAGAAAGUUACUAGUGAUUCUUUGAGUAUCAAUGGGCAAACCUUCACAUUUGACUCAGUUGCCAGCUCGGAUGCAACUCAGCUAGAUAUCUUCCAGCUUGUAGGAGCACCUCUGGUCGAAAAUUGUCUUGCCGGGUUUAACAGUUCGGUGUUUGCUUACGGCCAGACUGGAAGUGGAAAGACUUAUACCAUUUGGGGUCCAGCCAACGCCUUGUUGGAAGAAAAUUUAUCAAGUGAUCAACAAGGCUUAACUCCCCGUGUGUUUGAGCGGCUUUUUGCUCGUAUAAAUGAGGAGCAAAUUAAGCAUGCUGAUAAACAACUCAAGUACCAAUGUCGCUGUUCUUUCCUUGAGAUCUAUAAUGAGCAAAUCACGGAUUUAUUGGAUCCAAAUCAAAGAAACUUGCAGAUAAGGGAAGAUGUAAAAUCUGGUGUUUAUGUUGAGAAUUUGACAGAGGAGUAUGUAAGUUCGAUGAAGGACGUGACCCAGCUGUUGAUAAAGGGAUUAUCAAAUAGAAGGACAGGUGCGACUAGUAUCAAUGCUGAAAGUUCCCGUUCACAUAGUGUCUUUACUUGUGUUGUUGAGUCUCGAUGUAAGAGUGUGGCCGAUGGUGUAAGCAGCUUUAAAACAAGCCGAAUAAAUCUUGUUGAUCUAGCAGGCUCAGAGAGACAAAAACUAACUGGUGCUGCAGGGGAACGCUUAAAGGAGGCAGGAAAUAUUAACCGUUCCCUCUCACAGCUUGGGAACUUGAUAAACAUCCUCGCUGAAGUUUCCCAAACUGGAAAGCAAAGGCAUAUCCCCUACAGAGACUCCAAGUUGACAUUUUUAUUGCAGGAAUCUCUUGGUGGCAAUGCAAAAUUAGCCAUGGUCUGUGCAAUUUCUCCAGCACAGAGCUGUAAGAGUGAAACAUUCAGCACACUACGAUUUGCUCAGCGUGCAAAGGCAAUCAAGAACAAGGCAGUUGUUAAUGAAGUAAUGCAGGACGAUGUAAAUUUUCUGCGAGAAGUGAUUCGACAAUUGAAAGAUGAACUCCAUCGUAUGAAAUCUGAUGGAAACAACCAAACUGAUCCAAAUGGGAGUUACUCAACUGGAUGGAAUGCCCGUAGGAGCUUGAAUUUGUUAAAAUUUAGCCUCCAUCAUCCAAGGACAUUACCUCAUGUUGAUGAAGAUGGUGAUGAGGAGAUGGAAAUUGAUGAGGAAGCUGUUGAGGAUUUAUGUGCCCAAAUAGGUCUGCAACCAGCAGAUAUAUAUCUCCAUUCAAAUGAAUUAACCAAACAAGAGAUAAUUGAAUCAAUUUCGGGAAAUACCACCUCUGAAAAUGGAUGCGCUGGUAAUCUAGUGCCUAACUCAUCUGAAACUUUUAAAGUGCAAGAUGCUGAGGAUACUGAUGUGAACAUGGAGGAAGAAAUCUCUGAAGAGCCUAAAACCUCUGAAAUUAUGAUUGUUGAGUGUGUUGAAACUGCUACAAACACGCCAAACAUUUUUAGUGCUCAUGAAAGUGUCAAACAGGAUCCAUGCCAGCUAACUGUUGAAACAACCGAUGGGGAUUCUCCUGCAAUUCUUAAGUCUCCAACACCAAGUGUCUCACCUAGAGUGAAUCAGAGUAGGAAGAGUCUGAGGACAUCAUCAAUGUACUCUGCUUCACAGAAAGAUCUUAGGGAUGAUAAACCAGAGACUAUGCGGGUCACACCAACCGAACAUUUAGCAGCUAGCCUCCACCGUGGUCUUGAGAUUAUUGAUAGUCACCGACAGAGUUUGGCAUUGAGGAGGUCAUCAUUUCGUUUUUCAUUAAAACCUGCUGAUUCUAAGCCAAUCCUUGCAGCUAGAAAAGUUGAUGUUGGAGUUCAAACUUUUCCACAAGAAGAAGACCCAGUAGUAUUUCUAUGUAGCAAUUGUACACAGAGAACAAACCUAGAUGGCAAAGAGGACACUGAAAACUCUAACCUGCAAUUAGUUCCUGUUGAUGAGUCCGAUUCUGGUGAAAAAACCAAGAAGCAAGUCCCGAAGGCAGUGGAGAAGGUUUUGGCUGGAUCUAUCAGGAGAGAAAUGGCUCUUGAAGAGUUCUGUGCCAAGCAAGCUUCUGAAAUAAUGCAAUUAAACCGUUUGGUACAACAGUACAAACAUGAGCGAGAGUGCAAUGCUAUUAUAGGGCAGACAAGGGAGGAUAAAAUUCUUCGCCUUGAGAGCCUUAUGGAUGGUGUUUUACCUACUGAGGAAUUCAUGGAAGAAGAGCUUGUUUCCCUAACCCAUGAGCACAAGCUUCUGAAGGAGAAAUAUGAGAAUCAUCCUGAGGUUUUAAGAACAAAGAUUGAGCUGAAAAGAGCUCAGGAUGAGCUGGAGCGUUUUCGAAAUUUUCAUGAUUUGGGUGAGAGGGAAGUGUUGUUAGAAGAAAUUCAGGAUUUAAGAAAUCAGUUACAGUAUUAUAUCGACCCUUCUUCUACAUCAGCUCGAAGAAGAAAUUCUUUACUGAAGUUAACAUAUUCAUGUGAGUCCAAUGUCCCUCUACCUCUUAGAGCAAUACCAGAGACAAAUGAGGAGAGUGCUGAAGAGAAAUUUGAACAAGAGAGAAUCCGGUGGACUGAGGCCGAAGGCAAAUGGAUUUCUCUUGCGGAGGAAUUAAGGACUGAACUUGAUGCUAGUAAGUUGCUGGCAGACAAAAGGAAGCUGGAACUAGAUAUGGAGAAGAAAUGUGCAGAAGAAUUGAAGGAAGCAAUGCAGAUGGCUAUGGCGGGACAUGCAAGAAUGCUUGAACAGUAUGCUGAUCUUGAGGAAAAACACAUGCAAUUGCUUGCAAGGCAUAGGAAUAUUCAAGAGGGAAUAGAUGAUGUUAAAAAGGCAGCUGCUAGGGCAGGGGUCAAGGGUGCUGAAUCCAAGUUCAUAAAUGCCCUUGCUGCUGAAAUUUCUGCAUUGAAAGUGGAAAGGGAAAAGGAGAGGCGAUACCUUAGGGAUGAGAAUAGAGGACUCCAGGCUCAAUUAAGGGAUACUGCUGAAGCAGUUCAGGCUGCAGGUGAAUUGCUUGUACGACUUAAAGAAGCAGAAGAAGCUGUGGCUGCUGCCCAAAAGCGGGCAAUGGAAUCAGAACAAGAAACUGAAAAGGCUCACAGACAGAUUGAAAAAUUAAAGCGAAAACACGAACAUGAGAUCAGCUCUCUUAAUGAGCUACUUACAGAAUCACGUCUACGUAAAGAAGGAACACAACAUACUUUUGAUAAUGUUGACCUUGCCAAGCAUGAUGCGGGUGAGUUCCAUGAUGCCGAUUCUGAUCAGCAAUGGCGGCAAGUAUUUGACCCCUUCUACAAUGGUGAAGAUGAAUCAUGUCUACCUAAAGAAGUAAUACAACAUACUUUUGAUAAUGUUGACAUUGCCGACCAUGAUGCAGGUAAGUUCAAUGAUGCCAAUGAUACUGAUCAGCAAUGGCAACAAGUAUUUGAACCAUUCUAUAAUGGUGAAGAUCAUGAGUUAUCAAAGCUUGAAGAAAACUCGUCAUGGUUCUCCGGAUAUGAUCGUUGCAAUAUUUAGAUCACGUUUAACUGCAGAAUCAUGUAUGUAUACUAACAGUUUCUCUCGUAUAGCUCCAAAACUCUAGCAGUUUUUCUGUUCAUCUGGUUAUUACCAGUUGUUGCCCAUCUAGGUAGUGGGACCAUUAUCUUGGUUCCCUUAUUGUUCUUUGUAAUCAAAUCCAGAUUCUUUCAUACAUAAGAGUUGAAUGAAUGACUUGUAUUCUUUUCUUA